AUAGCAGUAAAACGACUAAAAGGCAUGACCUCCAAGGCUGAAAUGGAAUUUGCUCUAGAAGUGGAUAUGCUUGGUCGGGUGAGACACAAGAAUCUGUUGGGUCUAAGGGGAUUCUAUGCAGGUAAGAAUGAAAGGCUCAUAGUUUAUGAUUACAUCCCUAAUCAUAGCUUGGUCACCCAUCUACGUGGCCAACUCGCAGCAGAUAGUUCAUUAGAUUGGCCAAGAAGAAUGGACAUCGCCAUUGGAUCUGCAGAAGGAUUGGUGUAUUUACACCAUGAGGCCAAUCCUCAUAUCAUACACAGAGACAUUAAAGCGAGCAAUGUCCUUCUGGAUUCAAAGUUUCAAGCAAAAGUGGCUGAUUUCGGUUUCGCCAAGCUGAUACCAGAAGGAGUUACCCACUUGACAACAAGGGUGAAGGGGACUCUGGGAUAUCUGGCCCCUGAGUACGCAAUGUCUGGGAAAGUAUCUAAAAGCUGCGACGUUUACAGUUAUGGUGUCCUGUUACUUGAGAUUAUCAGUGCAAAGAAGCCUAUUGAAAAGCUCCCUGGAGGAGUCAGACGUCAUAUCCUUCAAUGGGCUAUUCCGUUAGUUGAAGAAGGAAAUUUUCAUUCUAUUGCCGAUCCAAGGCUGAAGGGAAAGUAUGAUGAUAAGCAACUCAGGACUGCAGUGAUGCUCGUUAUGGUCUGCACAGACAGAAAUCCGGAGAAGAGGCCGAGCAUGAUUGAGGUAGUGGAGUGUCUCAAGGGUGGAGGAGGAAGGAGAUGAUGAUGCUGGU